AUGCAAACGAUAAUUACCUUACCGGCGGCUUGUGAUUUUCAUAUUCACACCCGCCAAGGUGUCUUGAUGGAAAUGGUAGCUCCUAGAAUCGCUGAAGGUGGUGUCUCGUUAUGCUAUGUUAUGCCGAAUCUUAAACCACCAAUUACUUCCACAGAACAAGCACUUGAAUAUAAGGCUCAGCUUGAAAGACUUGCUCCAAAUGUCACCUUCCUUAUGAGUUUGUAUUUAUGUCCUGAAUUGACACCUGAAGAGAUCAGAAAGGCAAAAAAGCAUGGAAUUGUCGGUGUUAAAUCUUAUCCAAGAGGAGUUACGACAAAUUCAGAAUCAGGUAUCGAAUCUUAUGCUAUUUAUUAUCCGGUCUUUAAAGCAAUGGAAGAGGUUGGGUUGAUCCUGAAUCUUCAUGGUGAGCUUCCGAGUGAUGCUGAUCAGGAUAUUUGUGUUAUGAAUGCUGAAGAAAAGUUUUUAAUGCAUUUAAAGCAAUUGCAUAAUGAUUUUCCAAAGUUGAAGAUAGUCCUGGAACAUGCUACUACAAAAGCGGCUGUUGAUACGGUAAAGGCUCUUGGAGAUACUAUUGGUUGUACUAUUACUAUACACCAUCUUCAAUUGACAGUAGAUGAUUGGGCUGGCCAAUGUCAUAAUUUUUGUAAACCAGUUGCUAAAUUUCCUCAUGAUCGACAGGCCUUGCGUGAUGUUGUUCUUGAAGGACAUCCAAGAUUUUUCUUGGGUACUGAUUCAGCCCCACAUCCCGCUUAUCUCAAGGAAUGUGCACAUUCUUGUGCUGGUGUAUUUACAACUCCUCUAGCUAUUCCAUAUCUUGCCACAAUCUUGGAUUCGUUUGGUGCAAUAAAUUGUUUAAGAAAAUUCGCAUGUGAAAAUGGCAAGAAAUUCUAUGGUGUUAGUGAAGAAGAAGGCAAAUAUCGUGAAAUUACGUUAGUUAAGGAAGCCUUGCUAGUUCCUCACUCAUACUCUUUCGAUGAAUCGGUUGAAGAACGUAGGGGUUCUAUUCAAUUACCGUUAGAGCUUAUUCUUGCAGUAUUUACUUUUAUUCCUGCUCGAGAUCUUUGUAGAUACUUAAGUUUAUCCAAAGCACUUCGAUAUGAGAUUCGAAAAAUAAUAGUUGAAAGAAUUCAACGUAAAUUCAGAACAGGGAAUAACUACUUAUUGGUUACAAUCGAGCCUUUAGACACCUACAGUUCUGGUCCAACUCAUAUUUUUGAUCUAAUGUUUUGCGACGUUGAUAUAUUAUCACUUAACACUAGAUUCAAGAUUAAUGACAAGACAUUCGAUAAUUCCUCACCGAUUAAACAUGUAAAGAUUAUAGGUAGAAAAUUACAAGGCACCGAAAGAUGGGAAACUAUUCUUCAUAAUUCUCAUAUAAGUAUUGGUUCUACCUGGUUAUCCAUUUUUGAUCCUUCUCAAACUAUCAAAAAUGUUUCGUUACAUGUUUUUUCUCCUUUUGACUUAAAACAUGAGACUACUUAUGUUUCUAAGGGUAGUUUAACAUUUAAAAUCAAUUUAGAACCAGAAUCAAUUAUGUGGUGGAACAGUAACAUUGAUGAUUAUUCAACAAUUUUUGUUAGUAACAUGAUUAGAGAAUUUGAUGAUUUUCAGAGUCUAAUUGUAAUGUCCCUUGUUGAAGAGGUUAUUGUAAAUGCUGGGGUAUUAUUAACAGCUAUUGAAGAAAAAUGGCAGGACGACGUUGAGAGUGUGGUAGUUGAAGAUCCGGAGGAUUAA